AUUCUCUAUACAUGCGUUAUAUUAUGAACAAUCAUUGGACUAUCGUUAAUGAGCAAACCUCACUGCUUCAGAGAGUUUUCACACUUUGAAAAGAUCAAAUGAGUGAAACAUGAGUCGAGACCUAUAUAUUACUUCUCAUUCUACAUCAACAAUUACUUGAUACAAUCUGAUGUAUCAAAUGGACAAAACUUAAUUCCUUAUCCUCCUCUUUCAUCAUACUUUUGAUUUUUUUUUUUUUAAUUAUUUUCUUCUCAUUUUUGUAAUAACAUACCCAUGUAAGUUUGUUUUUAUAACAACACGGUUUUUUUACUGAUCUAUAACCUAAUUUUAUCAAAGAACUACUAUUAUGAUAUAGAUAAAAUAUUAAAAAUUAUACAAGAUAUUGUCAAUUGUCUGGGUGGUGUAGUUGGUUAUCACGUUAGUCUCACACACUAAAGGUCCCCAGUUCGAACCUGGGCUCAGACAUAUCAAUAUUUUUUUGUUAUUUGUUAUUUAGCUCUUAAAUUUUCACUUCGACACGUUGCUUAACUCUACAAAAACUACAGAACCUUCGACCUGCCACAGCAAUUCUCGGUUCUUAGCCGACGACUGCGUCAAUAUUCAAGAGCCUGGCCUCGCCCAAUCUCGGAUUCCUUGUUCGUUGCUUGUAGCUGGGAAUUUCUAUUUCUCAGCCGGCGACUGCCAAAAGCAAUCCACGGCCUACAUCGUUCUUUACUUUCCGGUGUGGGGGUUUAUUAUUUUUAGCUGAUCGGAGCUAGCUGUACCAAGGAAGAGGGGAAAGUACGAUGGACUGGGGAAGUGUAACUGCUGAUGAUCUGAUUGGAGCUCUAAGAGAAGUCGACUGGUCUUCUCCGCCUCGUCCGCUCAACGAAUUCUUCUCCAAAUUCAGCAUCACCCGAUCUUACCCUAAGUGGAGCAGCCGCCUAAAAUGCAAUCUGUAUUACUACAGGACGAACUACUUCAUUUUGAUUAUGCUCAUUCUUGGUGUUGCUUGUAUCAUGAGGCCUUUAGCAAUAGUUGCUGCUGCUUUGACUGCUCUAAGCUUUGCUUUCCUUAACGAUAGUUUUGCAGUCACCUUCAGUGAGAAGACGACAAGAACUGUGAGGAAGUUUUCUCCUCAUUUAGCAGCAAAGAUGAGGCCUCCUCACAUGCCUGUCAUCCGCGGCCGCCCAUCUUCCAAGAAGACAAUGUACAUCUGUGGUCAGCCUCGUGGAGUCUUUGUUUUCGUAUUCACAUCCGCCAGUUUAAUUUUGUGGUUUGCUUCAGGCAGCUUGUCCACUGUUCUGUGGGCAGUCGUGAUUGCCCUUCUUGCGACCAUCAUCCAUGCGAGUGUCAGAACACCUAAUCUCAAAGCAAGGCUCAAUACAUUCAGGGAGGAGUUCCGCGAAGUCUGGCGCAACUACAGCGACCUGUGAUUGGCUACGGCAACCAUUUGAUGACAUCCGUCCAUUGCUGUAUUUGCCAUAAUCCUCCACGGUGAUCCUCCUUGAAUGAGGAGAUGUUUCUGCUAGUUGUCAUUGCAACAUGUUCGCCAAAGCUUCGCACAUCUCUUCUUCUAGGUCCAAGGUUCGGGGUAGCAUUUACCUACAGGUAAAGAAAAAGAAAAAAGAUAUGGUUUUGUUAGAGCUGUGUGUUGUAAAUUUUCGUCUAGGCACAUAACAGAUCUCUGUGCAAGAUGCUUUCUUGUCACCCUUUUCACUUGUGAACUUGAAUGGAAUGGUAGUACCUAGUAGUCUAGUACUAGUGGUGUCCAAGAUUGUUAAUUGCGUAUCCUGGAUCGUGGGAAGCAUAAAGGAUUAUAUGAUUUCUUCAUUUCGAGCAGUUUCUUUCGUCCUCAACUUAUAAUUAGCAUAUAAAGUAUCCAUUUAAUCUAGGUUUUACAGAUGUUUGUAGGAAAUUGAGGUCUUAUAUUAGUUUUGAGUACCGUAGUGUGGUUUACAUAAGGUCAUAAAAAGCUUUGGACGCUUGAUUAAUUGACGACUCCUUUAAGGAGAUCUAAACCCAUUGAUUACGAUUAAGAUUUGAUUAGAAUCAGUUGUUAAUUUUCUGUAUAAAGGAUAAUUAUUAUAUGAUCCAUGAAGAAGCAAUUGUUGAAUACAAGAAAAAAAAGAUUACUUAGAAAUUAGAAAGAAAGAAAAAAACCAAAAUUAGAAGUGGGUGUUAUCGGCUGAUUAGUUAUCGAUAUUAACUACGUGAGAAUUACUUUGAAGCAAGGUUGUCAAUCCGCGGGUUGACUCUGUCAAUCCGCGGGUUGACUCUGUCAAUCCGCGGGUUGACUCGGACCUGGUUGAGCUAGUGGGUCAAGGGUUAAUGGGUCACCCGUUUUAGGCUGGAAAUAUGGAAAGCGUCAUUAUAUUGUACUUAUCCUGAUAAAUUAUAUCAAAUUUCAUCUAACAUAUGAGUUAUAACAUAUAAUAUUACACCAAAAUAACAUUUCGUACUUAGAUUCAACAUAUAGUGAAAAUUCACACACACUAUAUAACAUUAAUAUUCAAAUGUUAGGAUUCCAAAGAUUGAAUUAGGCGAAAAGAAAAAUCGGAAAAUAGGCGCAUUUCGCAAAACAAAGAAAAAAAUGACACAAUUUGACCUCCAACUCGGUACCUUGUGGCGGUCGACCCGGCAGGUGCGUGCGGCCCGUUUUUCUCACCGGGUCAGGGUCAAAGUGGGUCAACCCGCGAGUCGAGCCGCGAGUUGACAACCUUGCUUUGAAGUGAUGUUCUGAAUUUCAUUAAUUUCCAAGUCAUUAUCUCUCUUUAUUGUAUGAAUAUUAUGGGAGUGGAGGCUAUCGGCUCAUUGUUUACCAAUGUCAAUGAAAUGACCAUUACUUUGAAGUAGUGUUGUUUCGAAUUUUAUUAAUGUUCAAUUCAUUAUUUGUCUUUAUUAUCAAUGCAAAGUUGAGAAAAGAAGAGAUGUCUUGAGGGUUGAUGUAGUAAUAAUGUGAGACGAGGAUAUCCAUCACAUUUCUGAUUCGAAACUUAGAUCAACAACUAAAAAAAAAAAAAAGAGGCAGGAGCUGCAAACCAACCAUAAAGAGUCAAAACCGAA